CGUAUAUAUGGGAGCAACUGCUUUGCUUAUUUUCAAACAGCAAGCUCCAUACAUUCGGCACAUAUAUAUUUAGCUAGCUACUUACCAGAAUUUCAAGUUGAGAUAUACAUAUAUAUCUUGGCUGGCUUGUUUCUUGUUUACUCAAAAUCAAAGAUGAAGGCUGAGAAGGAGAGUAGAUCUGGAUCAUAUGCACUUCUGCUGGCGGCAAGGGACUCAGACUAUGUGAAGAAAGUGUAUGGUGGGUAUUUCAAUGUGUUUGUUGCAGCGUUUGGGGAAGAAGGAGAGAGGUGGGACUUGUACAGGGUUGUAGAGGGAGAGUUUCCUGGCAUGGAUGACCUUCAAGGCUAUGAUGGCUUCGUCGUCAGUGGCAGCCCGUAUAAUGCUUAUGGCAAUGACUACUGGAUCAUGAAACUCUGCUUUCUCUUGCAAACUUUGGAUGCCAUGGAGAAGAAAGUCCUCGGAAUUUGCUUCGGUCAUCAGGUGUUGUGCAGAGCACUUGGAGGAAAGGUUGGGAAAGCUUAUACAGGGUGGGAUAUUGGGCUGAGGAAAGUGAACAUAGUGAAGGACUUGGCUCCAUUCAGCUUCCUUAAUUACUUGGACGACAUGCCGCCUGCGCUUUCCAUCAUUGAGUGCCACCAAGAUGAGGUCUGGGAAGUUCCUUCAGGUGCGGAGGUGAUUGCGUACUCGGACAAAACAGGUGUGGAGAUGUUCACCAUUGGAGGCCACGUUCUGGGCAUUCAAGGUCAUCCUGAGUACUGUAAGGACAUUCUUUUGAAUCUCAUCGAUCGCCUUUUCAACAGCAACUGCAUAGAGAAAGGCUUUGCUGAAAACGCAAGGUCUGCACUGCAAUUAGUUGAACCAGAUAGGAAGUGUUGGGAGAAGAUCUGCAAGACUUUUCUCAAGAGAAGAUAAAUAACCAUGCCAAACGUGCAUAUUGCGUGGUGUAAUUUGAACUCGAAGUGUAUAAUUAUUGAAGAGGAGGGCACGAAAUAAACAGUGCGUCGCCGGUUCUGUCCCUCAUUUUAUUCAUGGUUUUUGGGUUUUGUACAGUGAAGUGACUAUUUUCCCCUUGAUCAUGUCGGUGCGCGUGCGUGGAAGAUGUUGAUCUUCCACUUUAUAUUUUCCUCUCCUUUUUUCCACUUUUUCUUUUGAUAAAUUACAUUUUAUCCCUUCAGAUUUUGGAUCAAUUACAACCUCGUACAGCAUCUUUAAAACAUUUCAAUUUCGAACAUUUACUUAUCAUUUUAUUUUAAUUCAUACAUCCCUUAGAAAAUUUAUUGAAUAAACCUUUAAUAACCCUUGUUAAGUAAACCAUUAAAUGAUAACGUGAUAACUAUGAGAUCUACAUUUAUAUUGACGUGACUACCAAUUUUAUGCCAUGUGGCCAAAAAAAAAAAUCUAUGCAUUUAAAAAUAUAAUAAUUUAUCCUAAAAUAAUUAAUUAAAAAAGUAAAAUAAAUAAAUAAAACCUAAAACCCAUGUCUUCCCCGACCCGUUUCUCCUUCACCUCCACUCUCUUCACCUCUCUUCCCU